AGGAGAUGAGAGCAAAUUGUUCCAGCAGCUCAGGCUGCCCUGCCAACAGUUCAGAAGAGGAGCUGCCAGUGGGGCAGGACGCACAUGGGAACCUGGAACUUGUCUUCACAGUGGUGUCAGCCGUGAUGAUGGGCCUGCUCAUGUUCUCCUUGGGGUGCUCGGUAGAGAUCCGAAAGCUGUGGGCGCACAUCAGGAGACCCUGGGGCAUCGCCGUGGGACUGCUCUGCCAGUUUGGGCUCAUGCCUCUGACAGCCUAUCUCCUGGCCAUCAGCUUCUCUCUGAAACCAGUGCAAGCUGUUGCUGUUCUUAUCAUGGGUUGCUGUCCAGGAGGAACCAUCUCUAACAUUUUUACCUUCUGGGUUGAUGGAGAUAUGGAUCUCAGCAUCAGUAUGACUACCUGCUCCACAGUGGCUGCCCUGGGAAUGAUGCCACUCUGCCUUUACCUCUACACUUGGUCCUGGAAUCUUGAGCAGAACCUCACCAUUCCAUAUCAGAAUAUAGGAAUUACCCUUGCAUGCCUGAUCAUUCCUGUGGCCUUCGGCAUCUAUGUGAAUUAUAGGUGGCCAAAGCAAUCCAAAAUCAUUCUCAAGAUUGGGGCCUUUGUUGGUGGGGUCCUCCUUGUGGUGGUUGCAGUUGCUGGUGUGGUGCUGGCGAAAGGAUCUUGGAAUUCAGACUUCACCCUUCUGACCAUCAGUUUCAUCUUUCCUUUGAUUGGCCAUGUCACGGGUUUUCUGCUGGCACUCCUUGCCCACCAGUCUUGGCAGAGGUGCAGGACAAUCUCCUUGGAAACUGGAGCUCAGAAUAUUCAGAUGUGUGUCACCAUGCUUCAGCUGUCUUUCACCGCCAAGCAGUUGGUCCAGAUGCUUAGCUUCCCCUUGGCAUAUGGACUCUUCCAGCUGCUGGAUGGAUUUCUCAUUGUUGCAGCAUAUCAGGUGUACAAGAGGAGAUGGAAGAAUGAUCACAGAAAAGAGAACCCAGAGUUUACAGAAGCCUGCCAAAAAAUGUCCACUUCUCCCAAAGAGACUAGUGCUUUCUUGGAGGUGAAUGAAGAAGCUGCUGUAGCUCCUAGACCAUCAGGACCACAGGACUCUUGAAUCAACUGGCCACAUCUCUGCAUGUACACAUGUACACAGGGGCUUGUUGGUGUGACCAGCCCAUCCUGCUCAGCGGCCAGUAAAGAUAGUGCAGAGCUGAUGUGAGAAUCUCAUUGGCAGGGCUCGUGGAAUAUUUGAGUGUCAAAUGUUGAGUGUCAAAUGUUAAAAUAUUUAUAUUUGUGUGUGGAUUGUGAAUCGGGAUAGGUAUCCCUUUUUGGGGAUGUAUUCUGCUGAUUUCAGAGUUUUUUGAGGGGUUCACACAGCAUAUUUACUAACUACUCUGUGUCUUCGUGUCUUCCCACACAGUGAAGAGCAACACCCCUUGUUAAUGUGCGUGUAAGCUCGCGGGAGUGAGGACUGUCUGCGUAGAGGGCUCUCACCUGUACUGCAGGGCAAGGACAGUGUCUAGCCCCACUUGACUUCUGGCUUUUUGCAGUACUAGGAAGGAAAUAUACAGCUCUUACAGAAAUGGGGUCCUUCUUCAAAAGAUAUUUUUAUGUGCUUGAAAAUCUUUUUGGGUUAUAAUACAAGCUUAGUGGAAUUCAAUGAACACAUGAGGUUAAAAAGUAAAUGCCUGUAUUUUUACUACUUUGGGUAGGCAUACCGAUAUCCUACUAAUAUGUAUUUAUAGGUUGUAUCACUUAAAAAAAUUGAGAUCGUUCCAUCUGUGCUGUUUCAUAAGUCACUUAAUGAUAUAUUAUGGAACAUCUUCACCUGUCAGUCUGUGACGAUGUGCCUCAUUCUUUAGAACGGUGGCUUCAUAGAAGUAUUCCAUGGCGUGGAAGGACUGUGAUGUACCUAACCAUUCCUUAUUCAUAGACAAUUAGUUUUCAACUUAUUGGUUUUAGACAGCUGCUACAAACACCUACGUGCCUGUGCAAAUAUUUCUGUAGGAUCUCUUGCUGCAACUUGAAGUGCCAGGCCAAUUGCACAUUAAAAUCAUGGACAGAUUGCAUUCAGGCCCUGUCAUGUGCAGCUGCGCUGGAGGGCCUGGUUUCCCAGUCACAAGUCCAAAGAACGGCCAGUUCCAAUUUGUGAAAAUAUCUCAUUUAAAACUGCAUUUUAAAAACAAUGAAGUAUUUUUUAUGAGCACUUUCCUGUUCCUGUCUUUGACUACAUUUCUAUUGCACUUUUCCUUUUUGUCUUAUAAAAUUUAG